AUGCUGUUGUCUCGUCUCGUCUUAUGUGUGUCCUGUUGCAUAGGCCUUGGUCAGGCCUAUAGCCUGCCACCUGCAGUGCAACUGGGCGGUGUCGUUGUCGCUGCUGUUGAGCAACAUGCGGCACAAGAGUUGGCUGUGGCAAGGCAGCGCCAAGAACGUGAGUGGCUGGAGCAGACAGCGCAGCAACUAAGCAAAUUGCUGCAGAAUAAAUUGAGCGCUGAGCAAGUGGCCAGUUUCUUGGAUACGUGGACAGCCGAAGGUCGCGGAAAACAUUCCAAGAAGUCGAAGAAGUUGCUGAAGUUGCUUUAUCCAUUGUUGGGUGCAGCUGUGUUGGCCAAGCUCAUUUUGUUGCCCUUGAUCUUGAAAUGGCUAACGGCGCUGUCGGCUUCAUCAUUUGUUAUGGGUAAAAUAGCGUUAGCUACGUCGGGUUUGUUGGCAUUCAAAUCGAUGCUAUCGAAUACGCAUGCUCAUGAUCGCGUCGAGAUCGUGCAUUCAUCGGCGCCAACACUCAAGAGUUAUCAUGGUGAUCUAUCGUCAAGUGGCAGUAGUUGGAUACCAAUGCGGCAUCCUUACAUACCGCUUGCCAUCACAAAGGAUGCGGCUUAUCGGGUGCCACCAUUGAGCACUAAGGAAGUGAAUAAGCCAUUCCUUUAGAGCCGAGUU